AUGGACUGCGACAUCUGCGGCAACGAGCUGACCGCGAGGGCCCGCGUCCACUGCCCGACCUGCGCUCGUGCCGCUCUCUACCCGUACCGCAUCGAGCAAGCCGCCACCUUCUUGGACAGGGAGAAGUUUGCCCAACACGUCGAGGCUGUAGUAAACGGCACCGAAGACCGCGCCGGACAGGCCGUGUCGCUAGGCGAGACUCUGGUCGAUACUCACGAAUGCUCCAAGAGGGUGGCUGUCGAGCGGGACCUUGCUGCGAAGGAGGAGUUGCAAGAGCGUAUGCGUCUAAUCACCGAACAGACCGAUCUCCUCAAACGCCAGAUUGAAGAAACGCGGCGUGAAAUCGCCGCCCGCAAGGCUGCCAUCGCCCAGCGCCAUUCAGAUCUCGAGUCAGCCUCGUACAACGUCGACAAGCGUCGCGCCAAGGACCUGAGCGUGGUCAAGGAGGUCAUCGGAACAGUCAAGCAUGCCGACGACAUAGGACAUCGUGAAGACAUCCGUAGCAAGGUGUGGCACUGCAAGCACGCCGCCGACAUCGCUGGCCUGAAGCAGCGGAGGCGCCGUUCGAAGGACGGGCAGACGAAGAUGGAAUACUACAUUGGGGGCGUGCGGAUAUACGAUCUGCGCGACUUGAACCCUGCAUCCCCAACUCAGGUCACGACGUCGCUUACUCUCCUGGCUGGCCUCGUCGUUCGAGUCGCCAAUUACCUUGCUGUCCGGCUGCCGGCUGAGAUUACUCUACCGCACAAAGACUACCCUCUCCCGACGAUCUUCUCCCCUGCCUCCUCGUACACGCAUAAGGACGUGCCAUUUCCGGGGACGACACCGAUCUCCUCUUCAAGCAAUAGUCCCACAGCAUCUCGUACUUUCGAGAAUCAAAAGCCUCGUUCGCGUCCGAGGCCACUCUACAUUGACCGCAAAUUACCCGCGCUAGCAAACGAAGACCCGACGUCGUACGCCCUGUUCGUCGAGGGCGUUACGUUUCUAGCUUGGGAUAUUGCAUGGCUCUGCCGUUCGCAGGGCCAAGUGAACGCCUUUACCGAAUGGGAGGAGAUGUGCCCGAUGGGGAAGAACAUGUUCAAGCUCCUGGUUGAAGACGCUCAGGCCACUCUGAAUGCACUGGAGCAGGAGACGGCGCGCAAAGCCGAAGCCAAGAGUGGCGCGCCGGCUCGCUCGUCGGGAGUUACAGAUGUAGUCAUGGGCUAUUUCUCGCACGGCAUGUCCAAGGGUUUCCUCGGCAGUGCCGAGGGCACCAACUACAUGAAGGGCUGGAAGUUCCAGACGGCCAUGAAGGCGGUCGACCGGGUCAAGGGCCACCUCCAGGCGGAGAUGCAAGGAGCGGAAUGGGAGGUGCUAGACGAGAAAGAGUGGGAGAUGGAUGAGGAGACGCCGCAGGGACUUGAUUGGGCGGGUGAGAUGAAGAAGGUGUCUAGCGGCUCGAAGCUUGCGAGCGCAGCUAUGGGCAACGGCAGCACCGACGAGGGGCAGGGCAAGGCGCGGGGAUGGACCAAGUUGAAGAGCAGGAGCGACGAAGGCCGGUAG